AUGUUUGAAAAUAAUCUAAGAUGGACUUACCUGUCCACAAUAUAUUUAAUAUGUUAUUUAUUAUUAAUGACCUCGUCAAUCGCUAAUGCACAAAGUGCUCCAGCAAUUCCAACAACUACUGUACCCAAUGCUACGCCUACUCCUAAGUCUCAAGAUGAAAUCUUGUCUUUACUAGAUCCGGUUAACUAUGUUGCGUUACUAUCAAAUAAAACUAUUCCUGGUGCCGAAAACAGUAGUGGCCAAUGUUGGUACUUAUCAACUCCACAACCGGAAGAUGGGAAGGUGAUACCUAAUACGAAUCACACAGUUACAUGGAAUUGUACAGCUGGUAAUUUCUGUAUGGGUCCGGAAAAGUCUGUGAAAUGUACAGCGGGUUUCAUAUGUCCGGAAAAUUCGGCACAACCCAUGUAUUGUUGCGCAGGUUAUUACUGUAACGAAGAUGCGACGGAAAUACACCCUUGUCCUAAAGGCCAUUUUUGUUCUCUUGGAAGUGUUUCACCGAUAUCAUGUCACAAUUUAGCUUAUUGUGCGGAAGGCUCAAAAAGUGCCAACAGAUAUUACAUUGUCGCAUUAGUUAUCCUUGCGGCUAUCGUAAUUGCUAUAUUAUUCGCGGUAAAAAAUAAAGCGGAUCGUUUGAAAACGGCUAAAUAUAAUAGAUUAUUAAACGAACAGAAAAUGAGUCAUGAAAUGUCUUUGCAACCUGUGAAAAGAACUUUUGAUAUUGAAUUUGAAAAUCUUGGAUUGGUUUUACCUUCUGGUAUCACGAUUAUGAAGGGAGUGACAGGAAAAUUAUCGCACGGCAGAACAUGUGCGAUUAUGGGUCCUUCAGGUGCUGGAAAAACUACAUUUGUUUCCCUCUUGACUGGUAAAGCAAAAAAGACAAGUGGUAUUAUAAAAGUAAACGGUGUGGAGGAAAAUUUAAGCACUUAUCGUAAGCUUAUAGGUUUUGUGCCCCAAGAAGACGUUAUGCUUCGAGAGUUGACUGUACGUGAAAUUUUGGUGCAUUCUGCAAUGAUGCGCCUGCCCACAGAGAUGAAUCGCGUUACCAAGAAACAAAGAGUACUUGAAACUAUACAAUUCUUAGAAUUAAGUCAUGUCAUGGAUUCAAUAAUUGGAGAUGAAGAACAAAGAGGUAUUUCUGGUGGUCAACGUAAGCGCGUUAAUAUUGGAAUGGAACUCGUAGCCGAACCAUCAAUUCUUUUCUUGGACGAGCCAACAUCUGGUCUUGAUUCAUCAACUGCAUUUGAAGUCUGUACUCUAUUAAAAAAUGUUGCUCAUAAUCAAGGACUUAUGGUUGCGGCUGUUAUUCAUAGUCCAAGUCCACAAGCAUUCGAAACAUUCGAUGACUUCCUUCUUCUUGGUAAAGGAGGAAAAAUUAUUUAUUUUGGUCCGCGUGAUAGAGCGUUGGAAUAUUUUAGUAACCUUGGCUACAAUUGUCCACCUCAAGAAAGUCCAGCUGACUUUAUGAUGGAAGUUGCGUCCGGUAAAGUUAAAUCGUCUGAAGGAACUGACAUAGACCUAUUUAGAGCAUGGGAAGAAUAUUGUAAGGGAGGAAAAGCCAUCCCUCACGAAAAAGGAAAAAGUGCUCAUGUUGAAUUAGAUGUGGGUGCUGAGAAACCAUCAUCAACAACAUUUGGACAAAAAAUCAAAUUUGCUUUCUUAGCAUUUCAUGUUCCAUUUAUACAACUCUUACAAGAUAUUUUUCAUUAUGUUCUUGAUGUAUUGUUAGAAUUUAUUGAUCUUAUAAAAAGAAUUGCCCUUUGUUGUGUGAAAGAUCCAAUUCGAGACACUCCAAACGUUUUUAUAGCAUUUACUUUAUUAUUUAAACGAGCUUGUUUACAGCUUUAUAGAAAUAGGACACAAUUUUUGUUGGACCAGUUGUUACAUCUAGGAUGUGGUGCUUUUAUUUCUCUUGCUGUUAGUAAUUUUACAUACAUUGGAAAGGCCCCUAGCGAACUUUGUAGUGUAACGCCUGUUGUCAUUGCACCAGCUUGUUUUUUGGCAAAAGAUUCUUUACAGCAAGUUGGAACUUUCAUGGCUCUAGGUGUAACAUUUGCUGGAAUCUCAGCCGGUGGUUCGACUUUUGGUUACGAAAAAGUGGUAUACUGGCGUGACACAGCAGCAGGAAUGCGAACGAUUCCAUAUUUUCUUGCAAAGUUCAUCGCGGACAUUCCAAGAUUAGUCAUAGCAGCAGCUAUGUUUACAUGUUCAUUUAUUCUAUUUUAUCCUUAUAGAUCUUUAAUUCUUGAAUUAUAUCUUAUUGUUCUGUUAUCUUAUCUAGCUGCAUGGACAAUGGGUUAUUUCUUGUCAGCAAUUGUUACCAAAGAAAAACUUGGAUUGAUCGGUACUGGCUUUGCACUCGGAUGGGGAUUAGUACUUUCUGGUGCUAAUCCAAAAUUAGAUGAAGUUGUGAAUAAUGAUAGCUACGUUUAUAUUCGAUGGCUUUGGGCAAUGUCUGCUCCAAGAUGGGAAAUUGAAGCUUUGUAUCUUAAAGAAAUUGAUCCGAGAAAAUGGUAUGAGAUACAUUCUGCCCCAUUAAGUAAUACUUACAAAUUCUCGGAUUUUCCAAUCUGUUUGAGAAAUAUUGGGAUAAUUUCUAUUGGUUGGGCUGCCGCUGCUUUCUUGGCCAUGAAAUUAUCUCAUCGUGAUAAACAAAAAUGA